AUGGCAGUGCGGAUAAGACCAGUCGGCCGUGGAUGACACCCGAUUGAGGACAAAAGUGGCCUCGAAACUGCCAUCGUCUUCAUUCUGAAUCUGCCACUCAAAACCGACACCGACGUUAUGGACAAUAGCGCUAUGGAAGAGCCCGGUGUGUGGUACAGAGUACGUCAUGUAAGGGCAAUCAUCAUCGCAGUUACAGUGAGUUUUGUCAUAGUUCCGCAGUUCCUAAACGGCAUGUCGUUCAAUGGAGUAACGCACGACAUCACAGACGUCUGGCACACCAAUGGCGACGGGCCGCACCUGAGGAGUUGGGAUGAAGUCCGAAGAACAACGCAGAUAUCGUAUAUCGUCGUAGCCAUGUUAAGCUCCUUCCACAUUUCUGCUGAUUAUGUUGUUCAUUACGAAAUUAACGGUCCUUGGAAAGAUCGCACAUCCCUUAUAGAGUACUGGUUGUUAUGCAUAUUUGGAGGCCUGUCUUUCUUUCUGACUUUCUUCAUUGUGAAGUUCCUUUCAGAAACAAAACGUCGUCCACCAGGGUUUAUGUAUAUCGAGACUGAAGACCGAGUUUUGUACAGUGCAUUGCAAGAUGACAUGGAAUAA